GGCAGGGUGAGUGGGGCAGCAUUGCCUUCUCCCACUGCUGCUGAAAUGGCGGAAAUUAGUCGCAUCCAGUAUGAAAUGGAAUACACCGAAGGUAUCAGUCAGCGAAUGAGGGUCCCAGAGAAGUUAAAAGUAGCACCACCGAAUUCUGACCUAGAACAAGGAUUUCAAGACGGCUCUCCAAAUGCUAGUGUGAUAAUGCAGGUUCCAGAGAGGAUUGUUGUGGCAGGAAAUAAUGAAGACAUUCCAUUUUCAAGACCAGCAGAUCUUGACCUUAUUCAGUCAACUCCCUUUAAGCCUCUGGCACUGAAAACACCACCGCGUGUUCUUACGCUAAGUGAAAGACCCCUAGACUUUCUAGAUCUAGAAAGACCUGCUCCAACGCCUCAAAAUGAAGAAAUGCAGACAGUUGGCAGGCUAAAGAGAGAGCACUCUAUGAGUGAGAAUGCUGUCCGCCAGAAUGGACAGCUGAUCAGGAACGAUUCCAUGUACGGCAUUUCAAAUAUGGAAACAUCCCUUGAAGUUGCUUCAGAUGACAUGACGGUUGUAGAUGCAGCUUCCUUAAGACGACAGAUAAUCAAGUUGAAUAGACGCCUGCAGCUGCUCGAGGAGGAGAACAAAGAGCGGGCCAAGCGAGAGAUGGUCAUGUACUCCAUCACAGCCGCCUUCUGGCUGCUCAACAGCUGGCUCUGGUUUCGCCGCUAAAGGGAAUCCCAGCGCUCAAAGAGAUUUGGC